AUGGCCUGGGCAUUUUCUUCUCUGCUGCCUUGGAAUGCUGCGGUGGCUGCAGCGACAUCUUCAGCAGCAUGCUCCAAGCUGGCCGCCUUCGAUUCCCAGCCUCUCUCCUCGCUUGUGGACCUGGAGCUCCCGGGAUGCGAGGUCCUGGAAAAGCUCCUGGCUGAGAAGGUCGAUGCCUUCGCCGAGGCUUGGAUUCGGGAGGAUGCUUUCUCUGGCUCGAACGCCCUGCUGCGCACAUGGCAGGUCGACAACUUCGGCAUCAUCGGCACCAAGUGGCUUCUUAGCAAGCUUGGAGUGCAUCGGCCGGGCGAGAACGCGGAGUUCGUCCGGAGGGCCAGGGCAGCUCUGCUGCUCUUUGCUCUUCAGGGCGGAUUCCGUACAGACCGCAGCUUGCAGCCUCCGCUUCAGCUCCGGGCGGCUUCGGGUCCUUUCGCCGUCGCCAGGGCCACGGCGGGCACGGCGGGCAGUGGAAUGAGUGCCGAGGAGCUGCGGGGCGAGAUCGAGGCCACCCGGCGCCAGGUGGAAGCCGAGAGGGUCAGGCGCCAGGAACUCGACAUGGAGAUCACCCGAGCCACAGAGAGGCAGAGGCUGCGCCUGGAGCUGGAGGAGAUGAGGAACCUUCUGUCACAGGAGCAGGCAGAUAAUGAGAGUGCAGCUGAGCUUCGACGGCUGUUUGACGAGGACCGGGUCCUCAGCGCAUGGCACACCAGUAAUACCAGUGGUCGGCUUACAGGUGGUCGAGAAAAGGCGCAACCUGUGAUGAGAGCAACUGGUGGAAACAGCACGAGUUGUGCAGAUAUAGUCGCCAAGGGCGAGUAUGUCUGGAGAAUCACAGGCCUCUCUUGGUUGAAAAGCAUGCUGAAGCAGGAGGACAACGAUACUGUCGACUCCAUGGGCUUCAAAGUCGGCAACGAGACAUUCCAGUUUCGCUACAACCCGUGGACAACCUCUAUAUGUUAUCGGUAUUAUGGGUCUCUCGCCAUCGUGCUCAACACGAAGGCAUGCGUCGCAGUUCGGUAUCGCAUCUACGUCAGGGCACGGAGUGGAGAGUAUGUACAGUGGGGCGAGACGAGCGAUGCCAUCCACGAUGGAUCCUACGAUCAGUGGCCAACCUGUGCUGCGUACGGUCCCGAUGUGCAUUGGCCGGGUGAUCCUCCAGCUUCUGUGGGCAUCUUCGGGUUGAGCUAUGAUGAGCUGCUGCACUCCGAGUGGGUGCAAGACGACACUCUCACUGUAAAGUUCGAGCUCGAUGUCCGUCCUGACGACCCCCCCAAGGCUCUGCGCUUGAGUGUCCCGGCGGAGGUCCCUGAGCCAACUCUGAGCGAAGACACGAAGGCGUUGCUGGAGGAGGGCAAGUGCAGUGACGUGCAGUUCUUGGUGGAGGGCGAGGUGAUCCACGCCCACUCGCAGGUUCUCUGUGCGCGCUCCGAGGUGUUCAGCAACCAGCUGACGGCAGGCAUGCAGGAAAGCUUGUCGAAAGUCAUCAUGAUCCAGGACUGCGAUGUCGACACGUUCAAGGCUUUUCUGCAGUUCCUGUACACGGAUCGGCUGCCGGACGCCCAAGCGCUGCUUUCGAAGGGGACCUCAGGCGAGUCCGGGAGUGAGAGCCGGGGCCCGCAGCUGGGUCAGCUUCAGGCACUUCUAGACGUGAGUGACAAGUAUCAAGUGAAACGUCUGCAGCUUUGGUGUGAGGCGAGGCUUUCAGAGCAAAUCGACAAAUCGCAGGUUUGUGCCAUCCUCUGCCAAGCACAUCUUCUGCAGGCAAAGCAUCUCGAGACGGCGUGUCUCUCCUUCAUCAAGGACCACAUGAGCCAAGUGCUCACGAUGCCUUCCUAUGCCGAGCUGAUCAAGAAGUGGCCUCAAGUCGCACUGAAGAUCAGCCUCUUCUCGGCGGGUGUGUCGGAAACCGAGGCACUGGCAGCGAUGGAUGCUCUGCAAAGACCGGAAGAGCAGCAGUCGGAGCAGGCAGCCGGAUCAGAAGCCUGUUAG